AGCUUGUUUCACUUGCCACGUCAGGUACUAUCUAUCUGAUCUGCAUCAUUCCACCGGAUAUACUCGUGCCCCGUCUACCACUCUACCUACCUACUCAUCCACCUUAUCUACCUCUGAUACAUCACAGCCCUUGCCAUUUGAGCAUAUCUGCUCCGAAACAUCCGCCCGAGGACACAGGCGUUGUGCGCAUCGCUAGCGAUGGGUUGGUGUCUGCGAACUUGAGCUAGGUUUACAUGGUACCUCUUUGGCUUAUCUGGGUCACAGCAACUGUUGUGGUACUCCAUACAGUCCGCCUGCGUCUUGUCCGGAUAAACAUUCAAAGUCACCCAAAUGAUUCCAUGGCUGGUAGUUCUGGCCUGGCGUUCCCUCAUGGCCUCCUCCCGCUUAUAUCGGGAGUUUCACCCAUAACACAGACAUCACCAUUACCUCCCUGCCGUUGCACGGCGACAGCACGCUUGCCCGGCUGCCUCAUAUGUAUACCUGCCCUGCUUUGCCUUACCUUGUUGCAUAUGUAGCUCCUUACAGGAGCUGUGCUAAUUCAACGCCACACCACGCUUCCGUGCAUACCCUCCCCUCCCCUUCUUCUCCCCUUCUUGGUGCCCCUGUCGGACCCCCAGGACUGGACGUACCUAUAACCCGCACCCAUGUUUUUGGCACACUGUACAAAAGGUUUUGGCCUGUUGAAUCCAUUCACCUUUACUCCGGCUCUAUUCCCUCCCUUCCGAUAUUCUCUCACUUUAUCCAGCCAUUAACUCGUGUCACCACAUUCUAACUUUUGUUCUCGUUGCGCAGCGGAUUCCGGAGAUAACUAUCGCCCUCGUGAGAGGUCUCGAUCGCCUCGUCGUGGCCGGUCCAGAAGCCCAGGACGCAGCGGAAACCGUCGAUCCUAUUCGCCGCGCAGUAACCGAUCGCGUAGUGCCGAUCGGAACAACCGGAGGAGGUCGCGGUCUCCUAUGAACCAGCAGGGCCAGCUGGCUGGAGGAUCGAACUCGGGCUAUGGUGGAGCCCCCCGGUCGAACGAAGAUCGUGUACAGGCCAGGGAUAACAUGAUGAGCAACUUGCGCGAGAACUCCCAGCAAGACCGCCGGGUCUACGUUGGUAAUCUCUCUUACGAUGUUAAGUGGCAUCACUUGAAGGACUUUAUGCGUCAAGCCGGCGAGGUCAUUUUUGCAGAUGUGCUACUUCUCCCCAACGGAAUGUCGAAGGGAUGCGGUAUUGUGGAAUAUGCAACCAGGGAGCAAGCCCAGAACGCGGUUGCCACUCUGAGCAACCAAAACCUCAUGGGAAGACUGGUAUAUGUUCGCGAGGAUCGAGAAGCCGAACCCCGUUUCCAGGGCGCUAACAAUGCCCGUGGCGGUUUCGGCGGCGGCGCCCAGGGCGGCUUUGGCGGCGGCGGCGGCGGCGGCUUCCCUAUGGGAGGUGCCAGCGGCCCUCCGCAAGGGCGUCAAGUCUUUGUGAAUAACCUUCCUUACAACGUGGAUUGGCGUGAGAUGAAAGAUCUUUUCAGACAAGCAGCUCGUGUCGGCGGAGUCCAUCGUGCGGAUAUCCACAUGACUCCUGAUAACCGACCCAAGGGUUCCGGCAUUGUAAUUUACGAUCAUCCCGACGAUGCCAACAACGCUAUCCAGCAGUUCAAUGGCUACGAAUGGUACGGCCGAACGAUUGAAGUGCGCAUGGAUCGCUUCGCCGGAGGCGGCUUCGGCGGUGGCGGCCGCGGCGGCUUUGGCCAGCGUGGUGGCAUGGGCGGCUUUGGUCGUGGCGGUUUCGCCGGGCGGGGUGGCUUUGGCGGUGCCGGAGGCUUUGGACGUGGCGGCUAUGGCGGCGGCGGUGGCUUCGACGGCGGUCACAUGGGUGGCGGUCCUAUGGGGCCUGGCGCUGCCUCGGUGCCGCCUAACCCGUUCACAGACAAUGCCACUGCUGGUGCAGACCGGAGCGAGACCAUAUACGUUCGCAAUCUUCCUUGGUCGACGAGCAACGAGGAUCUUGUUGAACUCUUUACGACUAUUGGCAAGGUCGAACAAGCCGAGAUACAGUACGAGCCCAGCGGACGUUCCCGUGGUAGCGGUGUCGUGCGGUUCGACAAUGCCGAAACCGCCGAGACGUCUAUCGCCAAAUUCCAGGGCUACCAGUAUGGCGGACGACCUCUCAACUUGAGCUUCGUCAAAUAUGUCAACCCUGCCGGCGGAGACAGCAUGGACACUGAUCCACAUGUCGGGCUCACUCAAGAUCAGAUUAUGUGAAACGCUGAUUCUGGUCUGGGCUGAGCUGGUCAGAGUCUGGCCAUGGAUGGUUGAGGGGUGGUAUCUUUAUGAUAUGCCACCCAUCUGAGACCCGUCUGCAAAAUGCGUCAUGCACUUUGCUUUCAAAAGCCCUUAAUACUGUAUACCGUGUUUCGAGUUCAAAAUCCAAGAUUGCCUUUCUCCUUUUUUCCAUUUGUUUCUGAUUUACUUCGAAGUUCUUCUAUUCUGCCCCAUGUUUAUAUUCUUGGGAGUCAUAUGUUGGCGCUGUCACUUGCUCACCUCGCGUUAUAUCAUAAAGGCCGAGGAUUCCAAAAGGUUGACGCUGCGAUACACCUUGAGCCCUCUGGCUCGGGUGGUUGGGGGCUUGCAUUUACGGAUAUGAGCUUUCUAAGAGGCGGCUCGUCAAAGAAGUAUUGAAAUUGAAUGCGAAUUUUGUUUCUGUUUUCGUCUUUCGGUAUUGAUUUUUCCGCGGUAAUAAGAUGUUCGAUAUUUGAGCGGUAUUGGAUCGUAUGGUGCGAGGGCUUGACCUCUGGAGGAUACUUUUCUGGAAAUGUCUUUAACUGCUCACUGUUGCAUUCCUCUCAUGUCUUCAUGUGGAUAGGCCAGCGGACUCAGAACCAACAACCCCGGGAAACGGCGUACGAAGUCAAUCGCCCCAUUAAAAACAUACACUCGAGAUAAUAACGGCUUCUUCUGAACGCAACUGACAAUGAAAGAGUGGCCAGAAGCAAACGCACCGCGGAGUGGGCUAGGAAUAUCUGCACGACUGGAGGGGACUCCGCCGUUUCUUUUGUGUCUCAGUCGAGGCUUUGGGUGUGUUCGCAAUUAUUCCCGACGGCAUCUUGGGAACUGUUAUUUGUUUGGCAGCCGAAAGGAGUGGCAUUGCUUUCGGACUUGGUGCAACUGAGAGCAAACAGGACUCUCAAAGCUUGCACUAUGCUUUCCAGUCAAUCAUGCAAACCAGGCAGGAUUUUUCAUGGAUCUGUGUCAUCCCUUUGGUUCGUUUUGUCAAAAGCCCAUGGGUGUUAGUGCGGUCGUCUAUCUUGCGUUCCUUCCGGGAACUCAAGCAUCGCCCGGCUAUCAGGGUCACCAUGGUUCCCAAUCGGUUGUGACAACAUAGAAAGUUUCCCUUUUGUGACAGACCUGAUCCGGUGCCGCAUGAGCAUCGGUUUGCUUCCACGUCAACUACCUAACCACAAGAUCUAGCGGGGAGUCGG